GAGCGUUGCUGUGUGACGCUUGGUGAUAUCCAGGAAGACGCUGGGGCCCAGACCUCGUCCUAGUAAAAGGACCGAGGAGCGAGAUGGACGAAAACUUUCCUCUUGGAGACACUGGAGCGGUGAAAAACGCAGUAAAGUCUGGACGAAGGGCUCGCCUUGCAGCAGACCAAUCAUCGCUUGAAGAUUCUCGCUAUGCAAGGAAAUCCUCCACCUCUGCUUCUAUGGGAGAAGAGGAUGAAGAGGAGGCCCCGCCUCCUAAACCAGCACGGCGGCAGGGUGGUUGGGCAGAGGAAAGCUCUGGGUCCGGAUCUGCCAAAUCUUCACGCAGACCUGCAGCUGAGGAUCUGGAGGACCGCCGCCUGCAACCACAAACUCCCCAGGGAUCAGAUGAUGAAGGAGAUAUUCCAGUGAUUCCAGACCUUGAGGAAGUGCAGGAAGAAGACCUCACGAUGCAAGUUGCAGCUCCACCAAGCAUUCAGGUGAACCGGGUAAUGACCUACAGAGAUCUGGACAAUGAUCUGAAGUAUUACUCUGCCUUCCAGACCUUAGACGGAGAGAUCGACUUGAAGCUCCUCACCAAGGUUUUAGCGCCAGAGCAGGAGGUGAAAGAGCCCGUGCUCUCUUUCUUGGUGUGUCUCCUUCUGCCUCCUAAUUCUUCUUCGCUCCCUCUCUUUUGUCUCUCUUUUGCUCUGCAGGAUGAUGUGAGCUGGGACUGGGAUCAUCUGUUUACAGAGGUGUCCUCAGAGCUGCUGAUGGAAUGGGAUCAAGGAGAGAAUGAGGAGCAGGCUGCCUUGCCUGUAACAUGAGGAUGUGGAGGAGGAGGAGGUUUGGACUGGGACUUUAAAUGGCUCCAGUGGGAACUAGGUGAAUGUCCAUUACACAUAAGGGCCAGUGACUUUGGUUAUAUUAACUUUAAUUACAGUUUGUCGUCCAUGUUGUAUAUUGUGUAAAGUGUAAAGUGUGUGUGCAGCGUUUGCUGUCUUUUCUAAAUAAAGUUUGCCACAUAGCAACCCUGUC